UCUCGCACAAUUUAUGCAAAUUAGCUAUGCCCGAAUAUGGACUCGACGGAAUGAAAUAUGGUCGAAGAGGCGAACAUGGACGACCGAGGAGCGUAAAAAGAGUGGAGCGAUAGUUUUUUUCUUCCUCGGGAAAGUGGAUGCGUCGCAAAGGCGGUCGUUUCGGCUGCGAAACUUUGUGGAUUAACUUGUUUUUUGUGGCUAUACGCGCACACGAAGAGCUUGUAAUGCUGUGAAGCUCAACUUUUGCGAAAAGGGCAGGGGGUCCCAACGCUAUGCCGUGGGUAAGCAGCGGUAAAGGCAGGGAGAGCUCUGAGCUGCCGCUGCCCGCUGGCUGGGAGGAAGCCCGGGAUUACGACGGCCGGGUGUUCUUUAUCGAUCACAACACUCGGCAGACCUCGUGGAUAGACCCCAGAGAUAGGAUCACCAAGCCGCUGACCUUUGCAGACUGCGUGGGCGAUGAGCUUCCUCUGGGCUGGGAGGUGGUGUACGACCAGCAGGUGGGCCUGUACUACAUCGACCACAUCAACAAGACCACCCAGAUAGAGAACCCUCGCACGCAAUGGCGGCAGGAGCAGGAGCGCAUGCUGAAGGAGUACCUGGUGGUGGCGGAGGAGGCGCUGCAGGCCAAGAAGGAGAUGUACCAGGUGAAGCAGCAGCGGCUGCAGCUGGCCCAGCAGGAGAUGCUGCUCCUCCGGGAGAUGAACCAGGAGGAGGAGGUGCAGGAGGAGGAGGAGGAGGACAGACACUCCCUCGCCAGUGCUCUUUCUGGCUCGUCCUCUAAUGUGAAGUACGACCCCGACCGGAUCAAGGUGGAGAUAGCCUGCAGGCGGGAGCGGCUCUGCAGGCUAAAGCAGGAACUAGCCCAGAUGAAGCAGGAGCUCCACUACAACCAGAUGGGCGUGGAGACCCUGCAGGAGAUCGACAGGAAGAUGUCCAGCAGUCAGACCAACUACAAGCUGGACGAGGCGCAGGCCAUCUUCAACGAGCUGCGCAGCAUCAAGAAGGCCAUCAGCACGGGCGAGAAGGAGAGGCAGGACCUCAUCCAGAGCCUGGCUAAACUGACGCUGAACUUCCAUAGCAACACAUCGCUAGGGGAUGAGUCGGUGAGCGCUGCGGGCGACUUGGCCAACCAGCUGCAGUUCUGCGAGACGGGCUGCCAGACGGAAUACCUGGGAGAGUACGGUUCAGAUUCCUCUCCGUUGGUGGACAAAGUGAAGCUCAACUGGCAGUAUGAAGAGGCCAAGAAGAAGGUGCAGAGCAUCCAGCAGCAGCUGGCCCAGCUGGAGGGGGAGAGCUGGUCGGGCCAGGCCGAGGCGGAGCGCGACCGGGGCUUCAUGCAGCUGGUCCGCGAGAAGGAGGCGCUCCUCCAGGAGAUCACGCUGCUCGGCCAGCAGCCGCAGCCCGCCGACACCUCCCUGCAGCUGGAGGAGGAGCGCCGGAGGCUGGAGGAGGAGGUGCAGCGGGCCCACACCUCCCAGAACCAGGGGGCCAACCAGAGGAUCCUCCUACAGGAGAAGAGGAACAUCCUACUGAGACAGCUGGAGGAGGCCACGCGGCUCACCACCUACCUGCACUCCCAGCUCAAGAGCCUAUCAGCCAGCUCCCUGACCGUGUCGUCCAGCAGCAGCCGGGGGUCUCUGGCGUCCAGCCGGGGGUCUCUGGCGUCCAGCCGCGGCUCGCUGAGCUCCAUCAGCUUCAGCGACAUCUACGGCGUGCCGCAGUACGAGCGCCACGACGACGCCCACGAGCCCCACCCCCGCUACCUGCCGCCCGCCGACGUCCUCGCCGCCGCCGCCCGGGACGGCGCCGGCGAGGCCGUGGCCCCGCCCCCGCAGGGCAAGCCCAAGCGCUCGCAGGACACGCCCCACUCGCUCGCCUCGCUCUCCUCCCGCUCCUCGCUCUCCUCGCUGUCCCCGCCCAGCUCGCCGCUGGACACGCCCCACGCGGCGGUGGCGGCGGCGGCCGUGGCGGUGGCGGCCGCGGCGGGGGGGGCGGGGUCUCAGGACUGCCCCCUGGCCCAGAUGACGGAGGAGUACCUGGAGCUGGCGGGGCGCUGUCUGUUGGAGGGCCGGCGGGGCCAGCAAGCCCCGCCCCUCCCGGAGGAGACGGGCGCCGCACCGAGAGACGCCGGGCAUCAGGGGGCGUUCACCUCCGCAGGAGUCACCCUGAGGUGCAACAGCGCCAACCGUAGCGGGCGGCGUGCGCGUCGCGUGUCUGCAGGCCCCUCGGAGGACGCUCUGGCCACGGACAGCGGCGUGUUCGAGGCCUGGGGCCGGAGGACGGAGGAGUCUGAGGAGCUGGCCUACAUGAAGGAGCUGGCGUCUGUGAGCGAGCCGGUCCAGAUCCACCUGGGUGUGCUGUACGACUCGUCCUCUCAGAGUCUCCUGUUACAUCUCCUGCAGCUGAAGAAUCUCAACAAGUCCACCGUGCGAGACGGACACAAAGUAUACGUGAAGGUGCACCUGGUCCCGGUGGACGCCGGCCGGACCUGCUGUGCCUUCUACUGCUGCAAGGCCCUGGAGCCCACGCCACACGUCACCUUCAACGAGGGCUUCCGCAUCCCCGUGGCGACCGCCGCGCUGGCGCCCUGCGCCCUCCAGCUCUCGCUCUGCUCGCUCGGAGCGCAGGCCCACGAGGAGCUGCUGGGCACGGCCCAGCUGGGUUUGGCAGAUUGCGAGGGGGGUCUGGAGAUGGUUUUCCAUUGGCUGAGAGUGCAGAUGGUGGGUGGAGCCGAGCAGAGAAGUCACAGCCGACAGCAACAUGACGGCCAGGAGGACGAGUUCAGAGCUAGAGGCCUGGACACGGCCGUUCGUCUGGAGGAGGCAGAGCGAGAGAGACGGGGAAGGAGGGACAACGUGGAGGCCAACUCGGAGAGGAGCUGGCAGGCGGAGUCGGUGGACAGCGGCUGCAGCAGCAGCGCCCCGUUCCCCGGCCCCUGUCAGGAGGGGCUCUGCUACCCCGUGGCCCCCGCGGCCAGCAGAGCCCCCACCGCCAAGGUGGAGAAGGCCACCAUGACGGAGGGUAUGUACCCAGAGCAGGUGAGGGUCCGGGGGGCUCGCUGGGGCCACGCCUCCCCCUUCAUCCGCAGCAGCACCAUCGUACGCUCCCAGACCUUCUCCCCCGGGGCCCGCAGUCAGUACGUCUGCAGGCUUUAUCGCAGUGACAGCGACAGCUCCACGCUACCAAAGAAGUCCCCGUUCGUCAGGAACACGUUGGAGAGGCGAACCCUGCGCUACAAGCAGCAGCAGCAGUCGUACCGCUCCUCCCUGGCGGAGCAGCCCACGCGCACCUCCCUGGACCUGGAGCUGGACCUCCAGGCCUGUAGGACGCGGCAGCGGCAGCUGGGCGAGGAGCUCAGCGCCCUGAGGGAGCUGAAGGUCCGGCUGGAGGAGCCCCACCCCGGCCCGGCCCCCGAGGUUCCCCACUGGGCCCUCAGAGACCAGCGCUUCCGCUGCCUGCUGCGCGAAGCCCAGAGACAGGCAAACCAAAGCCAGCAGGAGCAGCGGCAGGAGGAGGCGGCAGAGAGGAGGCUGAGGAAGGCGUCCAAGGAGGUGCUUCAGAUGAGAGGACAAGGCCAGAAGGAGCCGCUCCCCGUUCAUACGUUCAGGGAGAAGAUGGCCUUCUUCACCAGACCGAGGUUCCACGUUCCUACACUGCCAGCGGAUGACGUCUGAGCGGCUGUGCACCAUGUGACUUAAUAUGAAGUAUUCGUCAGUUUUUAUAAACCCAUGAAGUACACUGUGUAGUCUCUCUCUCUCUCUCUCUCUCUCUCUCUCUCUCUCUCUCUCUCU